AUGGAGCCCCAUCCGCCAGGAACACCUACAAACGACGUUUGCGAGGUCGCCGCCAUAGAAGAGGACCCUAAUACGCAACCGCAGAGAAGCCGAUCUAUUAGCCACGAAGACGCCCCUAAUAUGCAGUUACAGACAACGUUAUCCGCUAGCCACGAGAUGAUUAUCCGCCCACCAAUUGCACCGGGCUUCGAGGAUGAAAGCUUUAUUGCACCAUUGAAUCGGAUGGCCAAUAUAUCUCAUCACCGGGGGGCAAAUGACAUUUUAGAGACCUGGUUCCGCUCCCCCAACGCGGGACUGGCUGUUUUUUAUUUCUUUAAAGCACGGCAAUAUAUCAAAUUUAGACUUGAAGAUCCCCAUUCCCGUCCACAGAUUACUGAGUUUUUACUUUCCAUUGCGAACGACCACUUCUUUGCGGAUAUCCAUACAGGCUUGCUUAAUUGGGAGGAUGUUAUUGAGAACAUCAACGAAACAAACCUCCUACUUGUUUUCACAAACCUCGAACACGAUCCGCCCGUCGCUAAAAACUUCUGGGCAUAUGUCUGCUCAUUUGACGUCAAAACAGGUAAGCGACACAGCCGAGAUUUUGACGAGGAUAACGAUGAUUCAGCCCAGGGGAGAAGGAAGCGCACUGAAAAGUCACCAUCCGGACGUACUGAGGAAAGUGAGUACUAA